UCAAAUGAAAAUUGAAAUUGAAUUUUCAAUUUUCCGUUACAAAGUUGUUAAAAAACACGUCUUUCUUUUGUUUUGAUAUUUUUAUGUAGAUCUUUAGUGCAUGUGAAAAAGAGAAGAAUAUGGAUAACCGUAAUGUUAUAAAUGAAGAUUUUAUAAAACUAUAUAAUAAUAUUAUAAAUAGGGAAUGCUUGGAAGAUAAAGCACUCGCUACCCUAACGUCGGAAACGCUACAGAAAUUAAAUAUAAACCUAGAAAGACUACCACGUCAGAGUCAAACUAUACUAGACAAUGUGGCGGACAGUCAAAACGAGUUACAACUCCAAUCAUUAGACCCCAUUGCAAUAUCGCUAUACAAAUCGAGGGAAUUGAGCGAAAAACUCGACCACGAAUAUGAAUUACUCCAGUUGAAACAGAAAAACAUCGAGUUGCAAACAAAAAUCGAUCGUAAUAAUCGAUUUUUAGCAAAUAUGAAAAAUGAUUUGGAGAAUUCAAGGCAGAGUUUGUCCAAUCAGGAUCCAAAUCCUGAAAAUAUACAUGAGUAUAUCAGACAGUUGAAACAAAAGUUGUCCGUAUACGAGGAUAACUAUGAGCGGGUUAAGAACAAAUACUCAUCUCUUAAUAUACCAGAAUCGAUUCUACCAAAAUCUCUCAUGUCGCAAGUAGCUUCGCUUCAAGCGCUAAGCGAAGAAGCGAUGUCAUUCAAAGCGAAGGCCGACGAUGUCAAGUUUAUGAAUGAAACUAAAGCGAUGUUGAGCAAACUACGCAGAUAAAAUAGAUGUUUUUAUGCAGUGACAAAUUAUUUAACUGCAACCCCAUGUAAACUGACAAUGCAGUCUAAGAGCCCGUUCACACAUAGUCCAUCUCCAUGUACGGUAACCCGUUAUAAUGGAUACGACAAAAAACUAUGUUUUGUCCACACAUAGGCACCAUAUAAGGGUCAACUUAUCAGUCAUUACUGGAUACGAUGUUCACAAACAAAUUCGAAUGAAUUGAUUGCAUGUAUAUGUGUGUCCAUACAUAUUGAGACCAUUGUGUAAAUGGUAGCGGGCUUAUUUGAACGACGUACCCCCGUUUAUUCUAUGCUAAAUCGCUUGGAGGUUCGUCUUUGAUGGUAGAGUGGUAGCUAGCCAUGGGCGAAGUCUACCAGACUAAUGUUUAUUUAAUAUCGUAUAUACUAAGAUGUGUAGAUAGGUAUAAUAUUGAAAAUAAAUACUCGUAAGAUGGAAUUGAA